UGACAUCUUGAUUUGACAAGUGACGUUAGAGGUUAUGUUUUCGCUAAGAAAUGAUGGAAAAAAUCAAACACGAAGUUUCUUACGUCUCCUGCAACUGUAAUCAGACGCCGACGGCGGCACAUUGGGGCCAAAAUAAUCUUGUUUGUUAUGCGGCAUGCAACUCUGUCUUGAUUUACGAUCCUAAAUGGGGUUCUGGUGGUAAAGUUGUAGCAACGUUAAUAGGUCACACAAAGCGUGUUAAUACAGUCCGAUGGUUGAGUGGAUCUAGCGACAAAAAUGAACUCGUUUCGGGGUCGACUGAUCAUACCGCUGUCGUGUGGAGUUGUAGGGAGGGCGUAUACAACCCUUAUACACUCAAAGCUCACGAGAGUACGGUUAAUUUAGUCGACGGUGUGUACAAAAAAGAGGGUACUGUGGUGGUUACAGUUGGGAUGGAUUCAACUGUAAAAAUUUGGUUUCGGAAUUUGGACACAGACGGGUUUGCCUUAUCGCAGAAUAUAAACAAUGGAUAUUCCAUUUGCGUGGGUGUGAGAAUCUCACGUUUUCCACAUACAGAUGGUUUAAUUUUGGCGUGUGCUAUGGACAAUUCUAAAAUUGAUCUCUACAUUGAAGAUGGAGAGUUUUCGCAUUCACUGACUUUAAAAGGGCACGAGGAUUGGGUUCGAGGGUUAGACUUCACCACAGAAAAGGACGAUUUGAUAUUGGCAUCUUCUUCUCAGGAUUGUUAUAUACGCUUGUGGCGUAUGACCCCCCAUAAGUCGGACACGCCUUCUGACAAUAUAAUCAAAACAAAAACUACCACAUACAGGGUGUACACAGACUCAAUUCUGUCAGGACAUGAGGGGUGGAUUUACUCAGUCGACUGGAAUCCUGCAAUACCUCAGUUACUAUCCUCUUCUUUAGACAAGUCAAUGAUAAUAUGGGAAUUAGAUCCCGACAGCAAUCUCUGGGUCGAAAAAGUCCGUGUCGGGGAAGUGGGUGGCAACACGUUGGGUUUCUAUGGCGGCGUUUUUAGCCCUGACGGUACCAGCAUUCUAGCUCAUAGCUAUAAUGGAGCUUUCCACAUAUGGACUAACGAAGGUGGAGAGUGGAGCGCUUGCGUCACAAUAGGCGGGCAUUUUAGCGAGGUCACUGACAUGUCAUGGGAACCCCAAGGAGCGUUUUUAGUGACCGUGUCAUCUGAUCAAACUUCUAGAAUACAUGCGCCAUGGUCAAAUUUGGGAAAAGAGGCUACGUGGCACGAAAUAGCGCGGCCUCAGAUCCACGGCUAUGAUAUGAGUUCCAUUGCAAUUAUGUCAAAGUAUCAGUUUGCUUCGUCAGCAGAAGAAAAAGUGAUUAGGACGUUUCGGGCUCCUAGAAAUUUUGUCGAGAAUUUUUCGCGCAUUUGUGAUGUGGCUGAUGAUGGAGGAGGGACUAGUGGACCUAAAGGAGCCUCUGUACCGUCUCUGGGGUUGUCAAAUAAGGCUGUGUUUAGCAGUGAAAGUGAAGGAGGGAGUGACGAUUCGCAUUUUACUGCUGUGACGCUUACAGAACCACCCACCGAGGAAACUCUCCUGCAAAACACCCUCUGGCCAGAAAUUCAAAAACUCUACGGCCACGGUUACGAAGUCUACUCGUUGGCGUCAUCUCCGGACGGCCAAUUUCUAGCUUCAGCUUGCAAAGCCACAACCUCAGAACACGCCGCUAUACUACUCUGGGACACCGCAACUUGGAAACAAAUCCAAAAGCUCGUCUCCCACACUUUAACAGUGGCGCAAAUUUCCUUCUCCCCCAAUUCCGUACAUCUCCUAUCGGUUUCCAGAGACAGACGGUGGUCUCUGUUUACGAGAAAUUCCCAAAAUUUAUUCGAACUGGUAGCUACGACGGACAAGAAAACUUCGAUACAUUCAAGAAUAAUCUGGUGCUGCAGUUGGACACACGACUCUUUGUAUUUUGCCACCGGCUCUAGAGACGGGAAGGUGGUCGUGUGGCGAAAGAACGAACACAAGGAGGAGAAGGGGAUUUUGGGAGAGUACGAAGCUGCGUCCAAACAUUUGGAACUGAAAGGCGAAUCUGUGACGGCAGUUGCAUUCGCACCGAAGUGCGUUUUGGGGGGUUAUUUACUGGCUGUGGGACUCGAAGUGGGAGUUAUUCGUUGUUAUAAAUGGACGUCAGCAGGAUGGGAAAAUCUUGUCAUUUUAGAUAGAAACUUGGCCCACCACCUGUCGGUGAAAAGGUUGGCCUUUAGACCCUUCACCGUUGAAACGAGAGCCAAAAAUGACGACAACAUUCUACAACUGGCGAGUUGCGGGAGCGACCAUGUCGUCAGACUGCACGAUUUUUUAAUAAAUUAAUAUUUAAGGAGCAA